AUGAUUGGUUGCCGCGUCGUGAAUUCCCUUUGCGAACCGGGUGGAAUCGUGGGGCCUCUUUUUCUCUCUCUUCCUCGGGGAAGGAAGUCGACCUUCGGAGAGUGUUGGGCAUUCCCACUUUUUGCCUGCCCCUGCCCGCCCCCCGUUCCAUGCUGCGCUGGUUGGGGCCUCUUUUUUUCUCAAUUUUCUCAUUCUUCUAUUGCACUUGCUGCUGCUGCAGCUUCCCUGGCAGAUGCAGACGUACGGAUACAUAUGCGGACGACAUGGUCUUUUUGGCCCAAUUCAGAACCUUUGCGAUCGGAUACCACGCUCGAGGUGACACUCUGGGAGUUGAUCUCUUCUAAAAUUGGUCUUCGGGGGCCGGAUGAUGGAUCCCCCAAUCUCACCCAAUAUCACUAA